AUUUUCACAAGGGGUGGUGGCAUCUCCCAAUCUACAAUAACACAAUCUUUAUCUAUCUCUUUGUAAUUUGUACUAAUCAAAACCCAAGCUCCUCAUUUAAAGCCUCUUCACUUUAACCCCAACCCCCAACUCCUCUUGUGUUUAUUUAAUAAUUGUAUCUACACAAGGUUCUCAACAAAUACAUAUUACACUCAGACUGAUACGUAUUCAUCUCUCAGAAGCAUUCCCGUUUAAGGUAAGAGUUACAGAUAUUGUUGUUAGUAAAUUUCGGGACUUAUGACAUAAACUCUUUAUCACUUGGACUAACAAGGGUCGGUUACUCUUUACUUUAUAUCUUAUAGUUUAAUAACGACUAAGUACUCAUAAUUAAUGGAAAAGUCGGUAGACCACCAGCCCAUAUUGGGACCCCCAAAAAGGACAUGAAGAAACCAAUAGUAAAGAGAAGAAUGAAGGUGAAAAGGUUAAAAUACUAAAACAAAACCAAAUUUAGUUGUGGAUAGCUUAAAAAAUGAAACCAGAUUUUGGAAUUGGAAUUGGUAUAUGUGUUGCUGUCUAAUAAGGCUGUACAAAAACAACAACAAAGAGCCAGCCAGCCAUCCCAGCCAGCCAGAAACAGCAGCAGCAGCAGCAGAGGGGAAGCAGUGAUGAGCUCACCAAGAUCUUUAAUCUCCUUUCUGACCAAACACUGUCACUCUUUCCAGUGGCAUCAACAAGGCCAGUUAUAGGCCAUAUAGCCCUAAAAGCACCCAACUUUUUUCCAUUUCUGUUUUUUCUCCACAUUUUUCCCUAAAUACCAUCACCAAAAUUCACAACGCUUUUAUCUCUACACUGUCUUCCUUCAUAAAAAUGAAAACUUUGCUGCAAAAUCACUGGGACUGCUCUUCAAUUUGAGCUCUUGCUUCUUCUUCAACCUUAGCUGCAAACCCAAAAUUUUCAAUCUUUCAGCACAAUUGUGGACAGUAGCAAUAGAAUAGAACAGAUUUUGCCGAGUCAGCCAGAAUUUAAAAGCUCUCUGGAAAAAGGGGAAGAAAAAAGAAAAGGGUGUAGAGAUGGGUUAGGCUAAAUUAGCAGUAGCUUUUUAGCCUUUUGGGUCUAGUUUAGUUUUGUGUGCUGGUUUUGUAAGGUAAAUGGAAUUAGGGAGGUUGAAUGGCAGAGCCUUUUGGAAGAGGCAGAAGGAGCAGUCUCAGAAAUUGCAGGAGAAGUUUAUUAAGAAAAGAGAGGAAAACAAUUGCAGUAGUAUUGGAAAACAGAUUGAAGCCAUUACUAAAACCACCUUCUAGGAAGCAGCAAAAAUCUUCUUCUCCUCCUUCUUCCUGUCAUUCAAAAGCUGGAAGAACCAUAUUAUCAUCAUCAUCAACCACACGAGUACAACCACAAGAAGGGUCUGAGUCUGGAUCCUCAGAGGAAUCAUUAUCUGGACCAGAACCAAAACCAAGUCCCAAUUUCACUCGAAGGAGAAGUGGAAGAGGAAGAGGAGGACCAAGUUCAAUCCAUCCAUGCCUCCUCCCACCACCACCACCACCACCAAUCAUCCCAAGAACUCAUUUUGAACCACCAGCUGAUUUUUGCACAACCACAUCCGCCGCCGUCGCCGCCGCAGCACCACCACUCACAGCCGCUGAAGAAACGCUCUUACCUUCCCUCCUCUUCCUCUUUGACCCAUUUCCCGCAAGACUCCGAACAUGCGAGAUUGCGAGAAAGAAUGGGAGAAAGUUUUCACCACCAGCUACAACAGCAGCAGCACCACCAGCAGCCGCCGCCGCCGCAGCCCUCCGCCGCCGCCACCACAACCACCGGCCGUCAAUCGAGACUAGGAGGGAUGAGGAGCACGGUGGGAGAGAUCGUGGAAGUCCAAGGUGGGCACAUUGUGAGGUCAACUGGGCGCAAAGACCGCCACAGCAAGGUCUGCACAGCCAAAGGCCCAAGGGACCGCCGUGUAAGGCUCUCUGCCCACACUGCCAUUCAAUUCUACGAUGUCCAAGACCGCCUUGGCUAUGACCGGCCCAGUAAAGCUGUGGAUUGGCUCAUCAAGAAAGCCAAGCCCGCCAUUGAUGAGCUCGCCGAACUACCUGCCUGGCAUCCCACUGCUUGUACUUUAGCUUCAAACUCGAAUUUUGAGCAAGCCCAGAAAGCCAAUUUAGCUGAGAACAAUCGGAAUUCCAAUAACCAUCAGCAGCAAUUGAGUAUUCACCACAGUGAUGUGGUGGUCGGAAACAGCAAUGCUGGCUCUUCUUCUUCGAAUAAGAGAGCGAUGUCAAUGCUGGGAAGUGAAAAUGCUCAGCAAGGGAUUUCGCAGAAUAAUGCUGCUCAGAAUUCGAGUGGGAAUGGCUCAAGUUUUUUGCCUCCUUCUUUGGACUCGGACUCCAUUGCUGAUACUAUUAAGUCCUUUUUCCCAAUGGGGGCUUCUGCUGAGGCCAAUUCUUCAGCUAUGCAAUUUCAGAGCUUCCCUCCUCCAGAUUUGCUCUCAAGAACAAGCAGCCAUAGCCAAGAUUUGAGGCUUUCCUUGCAGUCAUUCCAAGAUCCAAUUUUGCUCCACCAUCAUCAGAACCAUCCCGCCAACCACACAGCUGAACACGCACAAGUUCAAGCUCAGGCGCAGGCCCUAUUCUCUGGAGCUUCCCAGAUGGGUUUUGAUGCUUCAUCAGGCUGGUCUGAGCACCAGCAGCAUUCAGAAAUGGGUCGGUUUCAGAGAAUGAGUGGGUGGAAUUCCGGCGGAGGAGAUGCAACGGGAGGAGGAUACUUGUUCAACUCGCAGGCAACUCCACAGCCUUUCUUGCAGCAGUUGUUCGGCCAGAAUCAGCUUUUUUCACAGAGGGGACCCCUUCAGUCCAGUACUACACCUUCAAUUCGUGCUUGGAUGGACCCAUCAGCCAUAUCCAUUGCCACUGCAGAUCAUCAAGCUAUUCAACAUCAUCACCAUCAUCAGGCAGCGGUCCUGCCUAUUUAUCCGUCUUCGAUAUCUAGCAUUGGAUUUGCCUCUGGAGUUGGUGGAUUCUCUGGGUUCCGCAUUCCUGCACGAAUUCAAGGUGAAGAAGAGGAGCACGAUGGUAUUUCCGACAAGCCAUCCUCUGCUUCCUCUGAUUCUCACCAUUGACCUUUGCUCGCUUUACCUGAUUUUCUCUCCCUUUUCCGCUUCACAGUUUGCAGGAACUGAAUUAUUGCUGCUGUGGUGUGCGAUUACGAAGUUUCAAGGUUUCGAUUUUAUCAUUGCCAGGACGGUGAAGUAUGCAGCAUAUGAGAGAGGGAGAGAUUUCAGCGAGUAGAACUCAAUGGUGACUAUUGGGAAGAAGAAAUUCUGAAUUUAGUUUCAGGUUUUUUUAUUCCCAUUUUAUUGUUAUAUGUAUUUCCAGCUUUAGUUUUCACGUUUCCAGUGAGCUGUUAUAGCUCAAUUUGUUUGGGAUUAUGUUUCGUUUCGGUUGCUGUAAUUGUUUUGUAUUAUCACUGUAUGCUCAAAGUUCUGUUUGUGAAGUAGACUUGAUUCUUCUGUGUUUGAACAAUAUUAUUGUGCUGCAUUGAAGCAGAUCUUGGUAGCAAACACGGCACAGUUCUCUCUUAUAAUAAGGCUAUGCGAAAUCAAUAUAAACUGAACGUGUGUUAGGAUGUAUUUAAGCUUGUUCUUCUUUCCCUGAAAUUUAGGAGGAACAAAUCAAAAAUUGGGCCUGGUCAGUUUUGAUUAUGCAGAUGAUAAUUGAUGUUUUAUGUGCAAUUGAUAUUUUAUUCAGC